GGCAGGGUGGGCGUAUCUGCCACUCGCGCCGGGCUAGGUGAGCGAGAGGGGUGGUGGGUUCUUUCGCAGGGUUUACCCGAUCGUGGCUCCGGCCCAGGACCCGGCCAGGAAGUGUCCGAGACGCGCUCCGUCUGCUUCCCCGGGUGAGCGCCGGUCGGAGCCUGCUCUCCGCCCCUCCCCUAGCAGCGUCUGCCGGCCCACGCCGAGCGCGUUCCCGCGGCCACCUGCGAACCUGAGCCGGGACCAUGAGCGUGGGCUUCAUCGGCGCCGGCCAGCUGGCCUGUGCCCUGGCGCGGGGCUUCACGGCCGCAGGCAUUCUGUCGGCGCACAAGAUCAUAGCCAGCUCCCCGGAAAUGGACCUGCCCACGGUGUCAGCGCUCAGGAAGAUGGGCGUGAACCUGACGCGCAGCAACAAGGACACGGUGAAGCACAGCGAUGUCCUCUUCCUGGCCGUGAAGCCGCACAUCAUUCCCUUUAUCCUGGACGAGAUCGGGGCUGAUGUGCAGGCCAGGCACAUCGUGGUCUCUUGUGCGGCUGGUGUCACCAUCAGCUCUGUGGAGAAGAAGCUGAUGGCGUUCCAAGCAGCCCCCAAAGUGAUCCGCUGCAUGACCAACACACCCGUGGUGGUGCGGGAGGGCGCCACGGUGUACGCCACGGGCACCCACGCGCUGGUGGAGGACGGGCAGCUCCUGGAGCAGCUCAUGAGCAGCGUGGGCUUCUGCACCGAGGUGGAGGAGGACCUGAUUGACGCCGUCACAGGGCUCAGCGGCAGUGGGCCUGCCUACGCAUUCAUGGCCCUGGACGCGCUGGCUGAUGGUGGGGUGAAGAUGGGCCUGCCACGGCGCCUCGCGGUUCGGUUGGGGGCCCAGGCCUUGCUGGGCGCUGCUAAGAUGCUGCUGGACUCGGAGCAGCAUCCAGGCCAGCUCAAGGACAAUGUCUGCUCCCCAGGGGGGGCCACCAUCCAUGCCCUGCACUUCCUAGAGAGUGGGGGCUUCCGCUCCCUGCUCAUCAAUGCCGUCGAGGCAUCCUGUGUCCGAACACGAGAGCUGCAGUCCAUGGCCGACCAAGAAAAGAUCUCCCCAGCAGCCGUUAAGAAGACCCUCCUGGACAGAGUGAAGCUGGAGUCCCCCACAGUGUCCACACUGGCCCCCUCCAGCCCAGGGAAGCUCCUCACAAGAGGCCUGGCCCCAGGAGGCAAGAAGGACUAAGGCAGCCUCUACCCUCCUCUCUGCAAUUCAGAGCCCUCGAUUGAGGGGCCUGCACCCCCCGCCCUCUCCCAGCUAUGCAGGGCGAGGGCAGACUCCAGUAGUUGUCAGGUUCCUGUGGUAAAACCCGCAGACCGAGCAGCGCUGGUUUCCUCCUGUCGCACGUGGAAGGGGCUCUGAAGGGGUGGCUGAUGCCGAAGCCAGAUGCAGCCCUGCUGUUGAUAGGGAGGGAGGGUGGGGCUGGGACGCAAGCAAGUCAGCCCUGCUCCUGGGAAGGUUAGCAGGUCCCUUCAGCCGGAACCCAUGGUGGGGUCAGUUUGACACCAAGGCGAGGAGGUGAGGACAAAGCUGGAAGGGCUGUCCUCUGAACUGAUGGAAGGGGAGACGAGCAGCUCAGGAUGGCCACAGUGGGUCCGAAGUGUUCAGAAUUGGACUACGCUUGGAUUCAACUCUGCUCAUACGUGCGCAUUUCAAAAUGUUAUUCAGUACUAGGUUCAGCUGCUUUAAUAAAGCUUAUUUGCUAUUCUGCUUUUCUCAUGUUUAA